UCGUUGAGUGCUUUUAGAGUUAUAUCCAAAGUGGAAUAGGUCUAACGGCGUUGCGGCGGUUAACUGUCAUGGCGUCUUCGGAUUGUUUUUGGCGAACUCAGUUAAUUGCAGCAGGAAAUUUCGAGAUAAGAUUCCUUGAAAUUACAAUCACUUUUAUAGUUUCGUCUUUUCCAGAACCAUAUAGCGACGAAUUAUCGUUCAACAUAUUUUCCACUGACAAGAGAAAUGUCAGUUGACAACAACAACACGGUGACUCAUCAGCAGACAUGAGUCGACGCGAGCCAAGUUCGUUGGAAAAGAGUAGCGUCACGAUUAACACCCGAGGCUAGUCGGGUUCACUACAUGAGAUGACACUGGGAACCUGGGGGGCAUCGCGAGUGUUAAACAGAACACGGUUACUAUCAUUAGUUCAUAGUCUCUUUUCUUAGGAUGUAAGUGUGUAUGCACGUUCGUUCAGUAAUCGGUAUACAGGGUCUGUCACUGCGAGUACUUUUGUAAUUAAGAUGAAAAUUCUGUUAACAGCAUGUUAACAUUCGAGGAAAAUUGGGCUAAACAGCAAUAUUUUGGAAGAGAAAAACAUAAUUUGUUCGUUUGGAAACCUGUUAAUUCUACCCAGCUUACAGACGAGUAUUCGCAUUUACUUGCGAUCCAACGCUCUAGCUACCGUAGUUUUUGAGUUAUUAUGAUUAUAAUGGUGUAAAGGCGGCCUUUCUUAGGAAUUCGAAUAUCAGUGGCAACUAAAAGUUUAACCAGGGGAACAAAAUUUACUUGAUAUUUUUUGCUUGAAAUAGCAUGAAGAACCGCCUGGCAUACAAUUUGCCGAGUCCUUUCCAAGCACACUGUAUGGGGUAUCUGGCGUUGCGGCUGUUCUAGCCAUAUCUUCAGAUAUUCAACUUAUACUAUGGUAAAAAUCGAUCUUGCGCUAAACUUGUUAAUGCUAUCUCUUUCCAUUCAAUGAGAGGCGGAUUGAAAGUGUCCCGAAUGGAAGUUACGAAGUUAUACGUGGAAUUGGCACCUAAAGAAAAAAUCCAGAUCUCAUAUAUUUAUAUUACGUUUUCUUCGUUCAUAUGUAAAUUCUAGCCACAUUUCUCUGAAUAAAUAUACAUUCUUACGUACAAAUUGUUAAUAAUAAAAAAAUUAUCGCGUAUUUCCCGUCUUCGCAGUCGUGAAAGGAGUGCAAUAUCUGUCCACAUCCAAAAUAAUGAUAAAGGAGUGAAUUGUGCCCAUAAUAUAUUUGUGCUGUGCUUUGUGAUUUUCAGUGCUUUUAUAAGUAAUAAACACUCAGUUUUACCCGUAUAGUAACCUCCAGUUAAUACUAGCAAAGUUAAGCCAACAAUUCCCUAAGAAUAAUUGCAGAAUUCAUAGUCCGAUUGCCCGCCAAUCAUCGUUUUCUUUUUCAAUUGAGCCUAAACACAUGGUAUAAAAGUGAAGUGUAACAAUAGUUUAUAAUGUCAUUUCUCAUGUGCAAUAUCCAAACAACAAAAAAUCGUCUAUAAUUGUUUAUUAAGUGUAAAUCAUCAUCAAAAUAGUUGUUAUUAAAUAUAAAUGCACACGGUACACAAGUCAAUACUCAAGAACGUUAUGCGAGAAGUUUGAAUGUUCCCGCCUAUAUUUUGGACAAAUUGUUAUUGGAACUUUCUAAUCAUGAGUAUUUUACGGAAGUACGCGUUAUAUCGUGACCUUAGAAGUCCCAAAUGUGAAGUAAUUGUUAAAUCAUCAUUAAUGAUCUGAUUUGUACGCUGUCAUAAUAUGUAAAGUGUUGUCUGCAAUAUAAUUGACCCAGUGCCGUAUAAUAAGCUUGGAAACAAAUAGUACAUUUAAAUCAGCUCAGUAUCAACCAAAGUGUGAAAAAAGAUAAAGUUACCGGAACAGGACAUUAAAAAAAUAUUCUCAAAGUUUGAAAAAUUUGUAUCUCUAUUGUGUGCCUACCGUUUGAGAAUAAAACUAAAUAAAUUUGCGAAAAAAAGCAAAAAUUAAAGGCGGGAAGCUGAACGGACAAAAAAAAGAUACAAAAAUUUAGGGGUCCUAUCACGCACGUAAUGUUCUCAGAUACACAACUAGCAGUUAAAAGAUCAUAUAAUUUUCAACAAUUCGACAAUUACCGACUUCAAGGGAAAAAAAUUUACUACUCAGCAUCGAACCACACUAAAUCUGAAUUUACAGUCAGAGGUGGAGAAGACUCCAAUCGUUGGAGCGUCAAUCCGAAUCCACAUAUCAUUUACAGCAUCAGAAACAGCCUGCUAAAACACCCUCUUAAUCCUAGUAACGUGCCUGCCAAAUCUAACGAUCAUCUGGUCGAUUUACUGAUUAUUAUCCAAUCAAUUAUAAUUUUAUCAAGCCUACAGCAACCACUGUUAAUUCAGCAUCCAACUAGAAAAUCUAGAUUUAACGUUGAUUCGGCUAAAGACAACAUCGAACUCAAAAUUUAUUCCCGGAUAUCAUCAUUAUUGCUGCUUUCCUUUUCUACUUCUUUUGCUCAUCUUUCUACUAUGCAGGUGAACAAAAUCAGCUCGUAUAUGCCAUUAGUGGAAUGGAGAGUUAAACCAGAUCCUGGAGACUGACACUUGUUAUUUGAUAAUAACAACGAAGUCUCCGACCAAAUUUCAGAAUUUGGCAGGACUAAAGUAAACUUUGCACUUUUUCAAAUACGAUUUAAGCCAAUGGACUGACAACAGCUACAGUCAAAUUCCAGGGCGAUUGUUAGUUAGCAUAUUUGUUAUGUUGUUUUGUUUUUCGCGUUCUUCCAAAGGAAGUUUGAUAUCAAGAAUAGCAGUGAAAGAUAUUUCUGUCGUAUCAAAAUUCGAAGGAAAGAGGAAAGUUUCCAGUUCAGGAGAAUUUCAAUUUCAUAUAGUAUAGAGCUGCUUGCCAAAGGGCUGAAUCAACAGAAUCUUUUAUUUCCAGUAAUAUCAUCGAAAAUUUGAAUUCCACUUAAUUUUUAUCUUUUUGUUGAGCUUCCUCGAUUCCGUUUAGAUUUUUGAAAUUAAUAUUUAUUACUUGUCAAUGCGCAACUACUUAAAUUUGGGCAAAGUACUCGAAGCUUCAGGACAGUACAAUUUAAAUACGAAACCAGUGAAAACCAGCGAUAUUCAUUAAUUCUAAUAAAUAAUAUAGCGGCAUAUGUUUGUGAAUGAUUUAUCUAUUUAACAAUACUAGUCUUUGCAAUAAAGCAUAGGUGACACCCUAACUGCAAUUCUGCUAUUAUUCUAGUCCUCCAGGUAAAGUCUUUCCUUCAGAGACCUUCAGGUUAGAAGGCCAAGUCUUUAUCUCCGAUACACUUCUUUCCCCUCCCUCACUCCUGAUUGUGAGAAAUGUGCAGUUUCCGAGAAGUGGCUUAAAAAGCAAAAAACACUGAAUUAACUUUAGUUUAACCUAAUUUGUCACAGUUCUCAAAAAAUAUCACUGAACACAGGCACAAGACGAUUGUCAAAAUUUGCUGAAAUUAUUUCUUUUUUUUUCAACUCUUCAUAAGAACCAUUUGAUAGAAUUCAUCGUAAAAAAGUGUUUUUUUGUUUAUAAACCAAUAUUCUCGGAAAACUAGCAUAUUUUUAUGUACAAUAGGAAAUAUAGAAGCAAAAUAAAUUAGCUGAUGUUUUUUUUUCAAAAAUGAUAUUCAAUUCUCGUUUAUAAAAUUUUAAACCAAAAUAAAAAUAGUAAAAUAUAUGUACAUAAACUAUUCAAUAAGAGAAAAGUAAAAAUUAAAAAAAUUCAAGUAUUGUACAAAUAAGUAGCAUCGUCUCAUUUUUGUGCCCCUUGUUGAAGAAUUAAGAAAUAGAACUUAGUUAUUUUAGCAAGCGUUUAAGUCGUUUAUUAACCCAACGGAAGCCUAAACCCAAUUCUAUAAAAAUAACUAAUUGUCGUGAUAAUAAUUAUAGCUUAAGUUAAUUAAACAUAGAAAAAAUAAUAUCGUGAAUUUGCUAGACUUGCGUAAUAUUUAUACUAUAGACAAUUAUCUCCUACAUAAAAAGUAUAUGUUAUAUAUAUAUAUAGAUUUACUGAGAGUCCUCCCCUUUUAGCUGUAUAUUAUUCUAGUAAAAUAGACUAAAGACGCAAACGCGUAAACAAUGCAAAGAGCUCCGACUUCAGUUGACUUUCCGCCACAACAGCAUGAAAGCAAUAUUUAUGAUGGUACCGCAAUUAAUGAUAAUACAAUUAUUAAUGGUCUUUCAAAUGUUCAGGUUAACAGAACAAGAUUUUUUCGUAAUAUCACGGCACAAUGUGUAGAUUUUGGCCAGUCCUUUAAUUCAUUCUUCGGUAGAUUAAGAGGGAGUUUUAGUAGUAGGGUUGAUGAUGCUGGAGAUAUUGACGAUAAGGAUGAUCGACGCGGUUAUGGCAUUGGUGUCGGAAAUAGUGUUGAUUCUGAAUUGCUACCGAAAGAUACACGUACAUGUGUCAGCAUCAUUAACCAAGGUGAACAUGAUGAACUAACAAUUAGCGGUUACCGAAGAUCUUUAAUACGUUCCACAUGCUGCUGGUUGUGCAUUAUACUGACUUGUGGUUUACUACGUUUGAUACUACACUGGAAACAACGCUGGCUUCUAUUCGCUACCUAUCAAUUGUGUCCUCUGGACGUAGCAGAGAAAAUUCUCAUCGAGGAAAAUUACAACAGAGCGCAUACAAGCUAUUAUAUUAAAGAUGUAAUUACAAUUAAUGAUGCCGUUCUAAGCAAUCUCCGUGAGGAUAAGAAAAAAUGGGAAAGCUAUUUUCCACGGGCAAAACCAGAGGAUAAGAUGGCUCAACGCUUUCAUCUUUCGGUACACUUUUCGUCAGGGCAUUUCAAGCAUUUUGAAUCAGUUCGUCUAUUCCGUUGCAAGCAAUUGCGUUAUAUUUGGGAUGAACAAACUCAAACGUUCCAUAAACUUAAAGGACUUGAUAUGAACGUACCUGCACGAUAUCUUCAUCAACGAAAGGGUCUGUCAUGCAGUGAGGAAUAUGCGAGACGUCUAGUUUAUGGACCCAAUGAAAUAACAAUUCCAUUCAAAAAUAUUCCAACACUACUAUUCCUCGAAGUAUUGAAUCCAUACUAUGUUUUUCAAGUAUUUUCCGUUAUACUAUGGAUGUGCUAUAGUUACUACUAUUACGCUGUUGUCAUCGUCAUAAUGUCGAUAUUUGGCAUAACUAUGUCGAUUAUCCAAACAAGAAAGAAUCAAAAUGCCCUUCGUGAUACAGUCGUAAACAGUGACUUUGCGUUUGUGAUUCAUGAUGAUGGGAGUGUUGAACAGAUGGAAACGCACUUCCUGGUACCAGGAGACAUCAUAGAAAUCCCAGCAAAUGGGUGUACUAUGCAGUGUGAUGCAGUAUUGCUUUCUGGAAACUGCAUUUUAGAUGAAGCAAUAUUGACAGGUGAAAGUGUGCCAGUCACAAAAACGCCAUUACCUCUGAAACAAGGUCUGAUGUUUGACGCGAAAGAACACAGUAGACACACCCUUUUCUGCGGGACGAAAGUUAUUCAAACGAGAUAUAUUGGAACAGAAAAAGUUUUAGCAGUUGUGAUUAAUACCGGCAACAUAACUGCCAAGGGGGGUCUCAUCAGAUCGAUACUUUAUCCACCACCCGUGGACUACAAGUUCGAAAGAGAUUCAUAUAAAUUUAUAACGCUUCUAGCAUGCAUAGCAGCUAUUAGUUUCUUGUACACUUUAGUAACAAAGAUAAUGCGAGGGAUUCCAGCAACAAAAAUUGCCAUUGAAGCUUUGGAUUUAAUCACAAUUGCUGUACCCCCUGCUCUACCUGCGGCAAUGAGUGUGGGCCGUUUCUACGCACUCAAACGGUUAAAGAAACAAAAUAUUUACUGCAUUGCACCUCGAUCUAUAAACAUAGCUGGCAGUAUUAACUGCGUGUGCUUUGAUAAGACUGGAACUCUAACAGAAGAUGGCCUGGAUAUGUGGGGAGUACUUCCCAAAUCACCAACUAACCAAUUUCAAAUACCACUGAAGGAUGUUCAGCGUUUACCUGAGGAUCAUUUUCUUUACGGAAUGGUUUCAUGUCAUUCAAUCACAAUAAUGAAUGGCGAAUUGAAAGGUGACCCCUUGGAUUUGAAAAUGUUCGAGUCCACGGGGUGGAUAUUGGAGGAAGCAAAUAUAGCCGAAAAUAAUAAAUAUGACUUGCUGACACCAACUGUACUUAAACCGCCAAAACUAGGUAAGAGCGAUAGUGACCGGUCUUUAAAUUUAAAUGAUUCUGUGGAUCAGAUCCUCAUUUCAAAUGAUAUUGGAGUUGUGCGCGAAUUUUCGUUCGCAAGCAAUUUACAAAGGAUGUCCGUCAUUACUAGACGUAUCGGUGAUGAUCAUUUCAAUGUCUACUGUAAAGGAUCACCUGAAAUGAUUCAAACACUUUGUCGCCCCGAAUCUAUUCCACUGGAUUAUUUGAAUCAUCUAAAUCAUUAUGCCCAGCAAGGCUACAGAAUCAUCGCUAUUGCAUAUAAGCCACUUGAUCGUAAGAUCACCUAUACAAAAGUACAUCGCAUUGCUCGUGACAAAGUCGAGAGCGAUUUAGAAUUCCAAGGGUUCGUGAUCCUGGAAAAUCGUUUAAAGCCUGAUACGACGAAUGUCAUCGCAACAUUAACAGCAGCCAAUAUAAGAACAGUGAUGAUAACAGGUGAUAAUAUCUUAACAGCCAUAAGUGUGGCAAAAGAUUGUGGAAUAGUAACGAAAAAACAAAGUAUCAUAACCGUAAAUGCACGAUCGCAUCCCAGCAAAGCCAAUGAUUAUGAAAUCUACUACACACUAUCAGCUGCCAAUCCUAGUAUUUCCUCUCCGAAUUACGGCACAAAUGGGGAUGUUUAUUCCCUGAUGACGAACAGUAACAGUAUUGCUAGUUUAGAAACAACAGACACCUGGACACACCGAGAUUGUGUGGUGACUUUGACCCAGGAUGAAAUUCCUUAUUUGAAUAACUAUCGAUUUGCCAUUGCUGGGAAAACUUGGUCAGUCUUAUGUGAUCAUUUCCCUGAGCUGGUGUCGAAAAUAGUUACAAGAGGAACAAUUUUCGCUCGCAUGUCGCCAGAUCAAAAGCAAGAAUUGAUUCAAGAAUAUCAAACUCUAGGAUACUACGUAGCAAUGUGUGGAGAUGGCGCGAACGACUGUGGUGCUCUGAAAGCAGCUCACACGGGAAUAUCACUUUCGGAAGCUGAAAGUUCAGUAGCAUCUCCCUUUACAUCGCGAAAUCAUACAAUCGCUUGUGUGCCGACCGUGAUCAAAGAAGGACGUGCGGCAUUGGUGACCUGUUUUGGAAUUUUCAAAUACAUGGCUGCUUAUUCUCUCGUACAGUUCAUAUCAGUGCUAAUGCUAUACUCCAUCGAUUCGAACCUCACUGACAUUCAGUUCCUUUAUAUAGAUUUAUGUCUCAUAUCGGUGUUUGCAUUCUUCUUUGGACGAACGGGAGCCUACGAUGGACCGCUGGUUGCGGAAACCCCGUUGAAUUCAUUGGUUUCUGUAAGUCCGAUUGCAUCGCUCCUCCUACAUAUUCUCGUGUCAAUGGCAUUCCAAGUGGCCUCGUGGUACCAUGUACAGCAACAACCCUGGUUCGUCCCAUUCAACUUUAGUGCAGCCGCAGACGAAAAACUCGGUUGCCAUGAAAAUUAUACCAUUUUCAUUGUGUCCGGCUUUCAAUACAUUAUCCUGGCGUUCAUUUUCUCCAAAGGGAAACCUUAUCGAAAGUCGAUACUAUCUAAUUAUUGGUUUAUAUCAGCAAUUCUUAUAAACCUGGCUAUAGUUAUCUACAUGGCAAUGAUACCUCCUGCCUUUUUGGCUAAUUUUAUGGAGCUGAUUUUACCACCGGGCGACUAUUGGUUCAGAUUCUACUUAAUACUUUAUGGUGUGCUCAAUUUCGUGAUAUCAUUAAUUAUUGAGGAGGUCAUAGUUGAAUAUUUGCUCUUCAAAAAAAUGAGGUAUCGAUUCCAUAACGUAGCUAAAUCACAGAAGAAGUACCUGGCAAUCGAGCGUGAAUUGAACAAUCAAUAUAGCUGGCCUCCGCUGUCUAACUAUCAAGAUGAGGCCAAUACUAUGAAUAUGACUGAAGAUUGUUCGCCAGUAUCCUAUGCCGAGAUUGGAGCCGAAGAGCACAAUGCCGAGAAUUUAGAAUCUGAAAGAGAGAACAGUAUUUUGAACCGUUUCUUCGACCCCAAACUCCAAACUAGCAAUGCAGAUGAGCACAGUCUUUCUGCAAUUGAAUCAGACUCAGACAUGGAGCAAUAUGAAGAGACACAUCCUCCCAAGGAAUUAACUGUUGAAUUGCCACUAAAGACUUCGACUAUACCAUCUUCAAUUGAGGCGUCAAUGCAUAAUCGGAGAGAGCCCGAGCCCGAGCUUCAAGUGGAAUUUGCGUCCCCAGUACAUUCUGGAUUGCCAACAUCACAUCCUUUCAUAAGCAAUGCAUCUUCAGUAGACCAUGCAUGCGUUAACGGCACUACGAGGCAAUCUACCCCAAUGAAAAAGCCCAGUACAUUAAAAUUGAAAGAAUUCACAUUCAUUGAUGACAAUUCAACAGACCAAAAAUCAGCAACUAGUACUUCUAUCCAAAUGGAAAAUUGUAUAAAAAAUCCUGAAAACAGUAUGGAAAAUAGAUACAUAGGUAAUAAAAGUAACAAUUCCAACAGUAGUCUUAAACGUAAGGAUCAAAUAAUGAUGACAACAACCAGCUGAAAGUUACUUAGAAAAUUUCUACGGUAUCAAAAUUGAUUAUGUUGUCCAUAAUCAGUGCUAAUAAUGAAUAAUAAUUUUGUUAAUGACUAGUCGAUGAAUUUUUUGCAGGCAAAAAAUGUGUGCUACCUUUAACUACAAAAGUUUUGAUAUCAGUUGUAUAGAAAAAAUAAAGUGAUAAAUUUAUAAA